AUGCUUCCUCGAUCAUCUCGUCUUCAGUUCCCCCUUCACACAUCGGCUCAGGUGAGAGAAGUUCACAAGGCCCGGCCCGACGUCAUUGCAGUGGCACAUGCCCAUAGCAUGGGGGGCAAAGCAUGGGCCUCAUUUGGAAAACCUAUCGAAAUGCUUACACAAGAUGCCUGCAAUCUUUACGGGAAGGUUGGUGUGUAUGAUGAAUAUGGAGGAAUUGCUUUGGCGCAAGACGAGGGUCGUGCCAUUGCAAAAUCACUUGGGAAGACAAACACAGCAUCUAUUUUAAUGAAUCAUGGACUCAUCACAUGCGGGACUACGGUUGAUGAAGCCGCUUUCCUAUUCUAUUGCUUGGAUGAGGCGUUCCGUGUGCAACUCAUGUCAGAAGCUGCUGCUGCUAACGGACUUGAAAAGAAGAUCGUCUCCGAUGAUCUGGCUCGGUACACUGCCAGAUCCAUGCAGUCGCCUCAUAACUUCUACAACGAGUUUCAGCCCGAAUACAAUUUGGUCGUUUAUGAGUCAAAGGGCGAGGUUCUUUAG